CAGGAGAGGAUCCUCCGGGACGUCCUGGGACCCCUGGGAGGGACGGUGGGAGGGGCAGCCCCAGCUCGGAGCAGGAUGGCAGAUUCCGUGGAGGACGUGCUCGCGGAUCUCCUGGGAUUCGAUGAGGAUCCUCCCGUUCCCCCUUCCUGCGGAUCCCGACUCACCUGCAUCCAGGUGAGCUCCAGGGGGGCCCUGGAGGAGGAUCCUGGCGGGAAAUUCCCUGAAGAUGACGUGGGAGAGACACAGGACCUGGAUGAUCUGGAUGCAGAAAUCCUGGGAAUCUCCAGAUCCAGGCCCAGGCUGGCAGGAGCUGGGACAGGGGCAGGGAAAAGCCUUGGGAAGCAGCUGGAUCCUGAGGAAGGUGCCCCCAGUGUCCCCCCCAGGGGUGGCCUCGGUGACCUCGUGGAUUCCCCGGGAGGAGCCGGGAAAGCCCCGGGAAUGUCGGACAGCCCGCGGCUCCACACGGGAAGAGGCUCCGCAGGCAAAAUCCUGGAGCAGCCGGAAAAGGGGGAAUCCGGGACAGAAAAGGGGGAAUCCAGGACGGAUCCCGAGGAGCUGGAGCAGCCAGGGCCGUGGGAAGAGCUGGAUUUUCCUGUGGGAUCCUACGAGCCCUCCGUGGCCUCCGAGGGGCGGCCGGGCCAGAGGAGGGGGCACAGGAUUCCCGGCGGGAUCGGCCUCUUCCCGAAGGUCCCGAGGGGCAGUGGGGGUGGGGCCGCCUGGCUGGGGCUGAAGGAUGAGGAAUUCCCAGGAUCCGGAGCCAGGGACGAGGAUUUCCUGGGAUUGGGACCCAAGGACAAGGAUAUCCCAGGACUGGGAUCCAGGAAUGAGGAUUUCCUGGGACUGGGACCCAAGGAUGAGAAUUUUCCAAGACUGGGACCCAAGGACAAGGAAUUCCCGGGACUGGAGCCCAAGGACAAGGAAUUCCCAGGACUGGGAUUGAAGGACAAGAAUUUCCCAAGAUCUGAACCCAAGGACAAGGAUUUCCCAGGACUUGGAUCCAAGGACAAGGAUCUCCCAGGAUUGGGAUCCAGGAAUGAGGAUUUCCCGGGAUUGGGACUCAAGGACAAGGAAUUCCCAGGAUUGGGAUUAAAGGACAAGAAUUUCCCAAGAUUGGGACCCAAGGACAAGGAUAUCCCGGGAUUGGGAUCCAAGAAUGAGGAUUUCCCAGGACUGGGACCCAAGGAUGAGAAUUUCCCAAGGUUGGGACCCAAGGACAAGGAAUUCUCGGGAUUGGGACCCAAGGACAAGGAUUUCCCAGGACUGGGAUCGAAGGACAAGAAGCUCCCAAGAUCAGAACCCAAGGAUGAGGAUUUCCCAGGAUUGGGAUCCAGGGAUGAGGAUUUCCUGGGAUUGGAGCCACUGGCAGGAGCCGAUCCCGGCCCGACCCUGGAGCAGAACUGGCUGAGCUCAGUCUUGGCCCGGAAAAGAGCCCGGGAGAGACAUUCCCAACCCUCUGGGAGCCCGGGAAAAGAGCCAGAGGGGGUGGAGGAGAUGGAUCAGCAUUCCCGGGAGAGCAGGAGAUGCCCUUCCCAGGACACCAUUCUCCAAUCCCAACCAUUCCAGAAAGAUCCAGGGGCUCUCCCAUCCCAACCAUUCCAGAGAGAUCCAGGAGCUCUGCCAGCCCCACCACUCCAGGAUCCAGGAGCAUUCCCAUCCCAACCAUUCCAGAGGGAUCCAGGGGCUCUCCCGUCCCAACCAUUCCAGAGGGAUCCAGGGGCAUUCCCAUCCCAACCAUUCCAGAGGGAUCCAGGAGCAUUCCCAUCCCAACCAUUCCAGAGGGAUCCAGGGGCAUUCCCAUCCUGGCCAUUCCCAGCUCCAGGAGCAUUCCUGGCAUUCCCGGCCAAUCCCGGCUCCGGCUCCAUCCUGGGCACUCUCCCGGCGCGGGUGGCGGAGCUCGAGCUCCAGGUCCGGGCACUGGAGCUGGAGCGGAGCCUCUUCCUGGAGAGUCUCCAGAGGCGGCACCAGGACCUGGAUCUGCUGGAGAGCCCCCACAGGAGUCCAGGGAAGGUGGGAGAGGAGCAGCGGGAGAGGCCACGGAUUCUGACACGGAGCCAGGAUGGGAGUUCCCCCCCGUGCCAGGAUCACUCCCCAUCCCAGGAUCUGCCCCUCUCCAAGGAUCACCCCACAGCCCAGGAUCACUGCCAGGAUCCCUCCACGGCCCAGGAUCACCCCAGAUCCCGGGAUCACCCCCCGUCCCAGGAGCGGGAUGAGCAACUCACAGUGCUCCAGGCCCGGCUGUGCCAGCAGCAGCAGGAGCAGAGCCGGCUCCAGGAGGCCUUGGCUGCCCUGGAAUCCCGGCUGGGAGAGCAGGAGCAGCUCCUGGAGCAGGAGCGCCGCAGGGCUGAGGCCGAGCAUUCCAAGGCGGAAUCCCUGCGGAAGGCGCUGGAGGAGCAGCGGCAGCUCUCGGCUCAGCUGCUCUCCAUGGAAAGGGCGGCGCUGGAUGAGGCCAAGGGCGCGUGGCUGGAGGAGCAGCGGGUGGCGCUCCGGGAAUGCUCCGAGGGGCGCAGGAGGCUGGAAAAGGCCUGGGCGGAAUUCCAGAGCCGGGAGAGGCUGAGCCAGGAGCGCUCGGAGCACCUGGAGUCGGCCCUGAGGAACCUGGACAAGGAGCAGGCAGCGCUGCGGUUCCGGGCGCGGGAGCUGCGUUCCCAGGAGGAGCGGCUGGAGCGGGAGCGGGAGGCGCUGGAGGAUUCCCGGCGGGAGCUGCGGCUGGACAGGGAGAAGGUGCUCCGGGACACGGAGCGGCUCCGGCAGCGGGAGCAGGAGGUCCAGGCCCUGGCCGAGCUCUCGGAGCGGCGGUCCCGGGAUGGGGAACGGGCUCUUCGGGAAGCCCGGAAUGUGGAGGCGGAGCAGCGGGAGCGGCUCCGGGCGGGGCGGGAGCAGCUGGAGCAGCUCCGGGAGCAGGAGCAGCGUUUGGAGCAGGACCGGCUGAGCCUGGCGCAGCAGCGGCGGCAGCUCCAGCGGCUCCGGCAGGAAUUGUCCCCGCAGGAAUUGUCAGUGCCCGGCGCUGGGACCCUGCUGGGCACAGCCCGGGAGCGGCCGAUUCCGAAGGACGUGAUCCCGGGGGACCGGCUCCACAUCCCCCUGGCUCCAGCGGCCCCCGGCACUCCGGGAUUGCUCCCGGGAUUCCUGCCUCCCGUGGGGAUGAUCCUGGGGGGCACCAGGGACACCCUGUCGGGAUCGGCUGCGCUCCAGGGGCACCUCCUGCUGCUGAAACACCGGGCACGGAUGGACCACGAUUUCCUGGAGAGCGAGAGCUUCUUCCUGGAGAACCUGAGGAAAGGGCCCUGAAACCUCUCCCUGGGACCAGCCCGGAGCUUCGGGGGAGCUGCAGCUGGAACGGGAGCUGGAGUUGGAGCUGUGCCCCCCCCGGCCCAAAGGUGGCUGCACCCCCUGUUUUUUGUGUGUUUACAAACUAAAAAAUGUAUUUUUUUAGUAAUAAA